AGGUUGAGUUCUUCAUUAGUUUCCAUCAAAAUAACACAUGCAUAUCUCUCUCUAUAUAUACAUAUCUGUAUUAUUAUUAUUACUAAAAUUCCCAUUGGAGUAUCUUUUUCAUUUUACUAUAAUAAGCUAUUGUAACUGUAAUGCCUCCUUCCUUACAUAGUACCAUAGCAUUAAAUUCUCAAUCAAUAAACAUUUACUACUUCUUUUCUUGCUAUUAAAUCCAAUAAUAUUUCAUCAUUCAUCAUCACACACAAAGUGCAAGUCCUAGUCCCACUUUCCCCUUACCUUAUUGAUUCAUAUGAAAUUUCCCACAUCAGAUAAUUCAUGUACUUCUCUCAAAGUUGAAGCACCAUAUCUGUCCCCAACUACUGUCCUCUCCAAUUUCCAAAAUAAGUUGCAGUCCGAGCAGAAAAUGGAAAGUCAAAGGACAGAAGAAGUGUCACAAAAUCAAACAACAGAUGAACAAGAAAACGAUGAUCUUAUUUUAGAUCUAAGCCUUAAUACUGACCACGGGUCCAAGUCCAAUAUUCAGACAAGUUCAUCAUCGGAUCCUAACUCUCGAGGUAAUAAUAACGAAACUGAGCCACGGGUAUUUUCUUGCAACUAUUGUCAAAGAAAAUUUUACAGUUCUCAAGCACUUGGCGGCCAUCAAAACGCACAUAAACGAGAAAGAACAAUGGCGAAAAGAGGUCAAAAAAUUAGUUCAGCAGCCGCUAAUUUUGGUUAUGACAAAUAUUCAAGUAUGGCUUCACUUCCAUUGCAUGGCUCAUUCAAUAGGUCUCUUGGAAUUCAAGUCCACUCUCUGAUUCACAAGCCCAGUAGCCCAUUUGGUGCACCCUUGUACGGACAUCCAGGUUGGUCAAUUCGACGGCCUAUUGAUCAGCAGCCGGCUAUUGGUCGACUUGCUCCGCCAGAUUGUUAUAGUAAUAAUACUUACAACGGAGGAACGUCGUCAGGUGGUGGCGCGGCUAGGUUUGAUAAUAAUAUUCAAAAGUUUCCUGCUGUGGUUGAUGGUAUUUCAGCAUACAGAUGGGAUAGUGGUGGUGGUGGUCCUCAUAUUUCUAAGAGUAAUAAUCAAGAAGAAUUGAAGAAGCUUGACUUGUCUCUCAAACUCUAGGAGUCCUAGUAGUAGAAAUUUAAGUUGUUUUUUUCUUACAAUUUUUCGUCCUUUGUUUUAUUCAGAUUUUACUUUCUUUUUCAAGCUUCGUACUAGCAUAUCUGGUCGGGUUAAUUUAGGUCCACUGUAAAUGUUCUUAUGCGGCCGGCUGCAGUAGUAGUACUCUAGCUGCAGACGACUAGUUAAUUCUUAUGAUGUGAUUUGCAACAUUUUGGUUUAAGAUCAUGCUCGAAUCUUGCCUUAAAUGGUAUGUUAAAUAAUUGAGUUCAAAGUUUACAAGUACAGGAAAUGCAUGUUUCACAACACAUACCAAGAAAUUAGCUGUACAUUUGGCCUUGGAAAUUGAUUCUAUCAUAUAUGGGAGCUUUAAAACAAAGUCAAAUUGUAUUCGGGUUCGAGCCGUGAAAUCAGUCACUCACUGAUACUUGCGUCAGGGUAAGCUGUCUACAUCACAUCUCUUUUCGGACCCUGCGUAAACGCGGAAUAAUUUGUGCACCGGACUGCCGUUUUAUAUAUUUCUAUAAGAUCAUAAGAUCGAUCUUGAACGUGAAGCAUAUGUCACAUGCCGACAAAAAUCCGUACUGUUAAUGAAUUAAUAACAACUACUACUUCAAUUAAUCUUCCGGUUUCUAUGGCUGAGAUUUUAUCCAAAAUGGGCAGUGAACAGUUGAUGAAAUAGACUAUCUUUUGAAAGGUCUUUCUCAUUGAGUUGGUGGAAGCAUGUGGAAAGUAUAAGUUUCUGUAAUGACUCUAGUCCACGCUCACUUUGAUAUCUUUUCAAGUCUAAUAAAACAUUUUUAAGCUAUUCAAUCACAUCAAAAUCGUCAUAUAUUUUAAUGCUGUAAAAUCUUGAUUGCAUUGAUUUCUUACCUAAGAAAUCUUUUAAACAGGAACACUCCACAAUUAGGUGGGACCAAAUUAGACUUUAUGAUGGAUUUAAAACUUAAUCAUGUUAUUUUCUCAAAGUAAAAUCCAACUCAAAGCAACAAACAAGAACAACUGACCUCCACUUAAUUAAUUAUUACAAGGCAUGAUGUGCAUGUAAAGAUAGUUCAUGAUUAAUGUUGAAGAAGAGAUACUUGGCGCGUGCAAGAGAACAUCCUAAAUUGUCUAUAUUGUACGUGAAAUCCAAAGAAAUUAAAGGUUGUAGGGUUGGUGGGCAUACUGAAAUUAUCAGAGUAAGUCAAGAAAAUAUGUUUCUCUAGUGUUUUUAUGGCAGGAAAAACGACAAAUAGUUUGAAAGCUUAAAAAUGGACAACGUGGGCCAAAUCUAUGUAUUUUCAUUGCUUGAUUGAUGGUACUUUCUUCCUGUCAUUUUUUCAGCAGCUAAUGAAAGCAAUAUGUACAACUUAGCAGCUCCUCAACCACCACAAUUAAUCUCAUUUUGCUACUUUGAUCCAAAACAUAAGCAUUUGACAUUCUAGCUAUCAAAUAAACAACGUAAGACUGAAAUGACGAUGAUCUCAAAAAGGAAAAGACACUUGAGUUUAUGCUCUAUAAGGUUAGAAUGGAUUAGAAUAGAUAUUUUCAAGAAACUAUCUUUCCCAUUUUGUAUCAUAUCCACCCUUGAUAUUACUAGGAGUGUUCUUCAAUUGAGGAUCUCUUAAGAAGCUGGAGCGACAUAGACAGUUAACUGCAUUCAUAUAACUGACCCCAAUUUGCUUCUUUUAAAACUUGUAGUGUAGUAGUGGUAAUAGCUAUUGUUAACUACCGAUAAUGCCACUUGCACAUAUGCAAGAGGAGUUAUCUAUACAAAAAACCAAAGGUUAAAGAAUAGGCUUCAAUUAAAUUUCCCUAGUAUAUAACGUAAAAGUUUCACACUAAAACGUAGCAAUACGUUGGACAAUGCAUGUCUUUAUUACUUUUGCUGAAGUGAAAAAUGCUUUAUUCAUUUGUGACUCACUCAUUUUCCACAUUCCAUACUUCUAGUAAAAUUAAAUGACACGGAAGUAACAAUUUGCUAGUUAUGUGUAAAAAGUGACGAAAAUUGCUUUCCACCUAUCAAAAGGGCAGCCCGGUGCACUAAGCUCCUGUUAUGAGCGGAGUCCGGGAAAGGGCCGGACCACAAGGAUAAAAAUGCUCAUGUGAUAAAGAGGACAAGAUAUCUAAAUAUCGAAUGCUAAGAGGUCAUUAAAAGAAAAGGUAGUACUAAAUAAUCAAAGGACAUGAAGUAAUAACAAGCAACCUGCAACUUAGACUUAUUUCAUUUUUUCUGAAAAUGCUUUUUCCUCUGUUUGGUAGGUUAAGAAACUGUUGAAGAAAAAGGAAAUCUCCACUUUCCCUUUCCAUGUGCUUUUCAGGGAGAAACUGCCAGUUUAUCUGUAUGCUUAAAUGAUCUAUAAGUUGGUUGUAGCCAGCCAAUAUGGUAUGACCCAGAGGAGAUAUAUAAUGCUACUAGUUGUCUCAGAUGUUGCUUUCCCUUUACAAAGCAACUCCCACCCAUGACGAUAACAUUUAGAUUAGGAAAGCAACAACAUUGAACAAAUCAAUUCAACCAUUAAUAUAGCACAACAAAAAGAUGUUUUCAGUCAAACUCAGUUCCUCAAAUUGCAAUAAAAGUUUCACUUUUUGAGGGUUUGACCAUUUUAAACCAUUAAACAAACUCAACAUACAGUACAGGUGUAGGUAGUGGUAGAAAAUUGAUGGCCAGUACCUUGAGACUACGAGGAAAUAACAAGCACAUUACCCGGGCAAUAAUUGAUCUAGACGACCAAUCAAUCCCCUCUUCCCCAUUACUGGAUAUAGCUUAGACCAUAAAAUAGGUCUGUUGAAUCAAUGAAUAUAUCUUCAUCAUACUUGGACUCAAUUAUAGUGAGUGGAUGCAGCUAAACAGUGAGAACUAUAUGAAUUACAAUGAAAACCUAACCUUCAAGCAAAAUAAGACAUCUUCUACAUAAAGCUGUACCUUUCUUAAAUUCUCCAGGAUUACAUUAAUUAGCUUACAAAAUGGAUAAGGGAAUCCAGAUAUAGAAAUAGCACAUAACAGUGAGUAGUUUUUCCAUAAGAACUCUAAACAAAGAGAGUUGAGUUAGUCUAACAAAUAGUGAAUACCUACUACAUUAUCUCACAAGCACGCAUACAAACAGGAGUGCAAGAGUCCCACUUAAACCAACAUUAAAUGUUAAAUGCAGACAAGUGCAAUGUAACAAACCUAACCUUCCCAACUAAAAUAAAGAAAGUCAAUUUGACUAGAUAAAUAUCAGCAAACGAUUCUGAUAAUAUAUCCAAUGCAUCUUCAGCUAAUGCUGAUAUCUACCACCAUUAAAAGUUAAAGGUAUCUUGGUUAUACUAAGCUACAAACGGACAAUAAAGUUGGAGGAUAGCUGGAAGGAAGUUUGAUAGAAGAUGUGCAGUAACUGCAGCAUAAAAUGCGAAACAGUCUAUACCAGGAAAUCAAGAAUACUAGAAAAUGACUAGAAAAAGAAAGGGACAAAAGAAAAUAAGAUGGUCUAGCCAAAUAUAAUUUACCU